AUGGCGUGCGAGGCACGGCGGGCGGGCCGGUCCCGAUCCCCAUCCCCGUCCCUGUUCCCAUCCCCAUCCCGGUCCCAGUUCCGGUCCCCAUCCCGAUCCCCAUCCUCAUCCCCGUCCCCAUCCCCAUCCCGAUCCCCAUCCCGAUUCCCAUCCUCAUCCCCGUCCCCAUCCCCAUCCCGAUCCCCAUCCCGGUCCCAGUUCCGGUCCCCAUCCCGAUUCCCAUCCCCGUCCCCAUCCCCAUCCCGAUCCCCAUCCCGGUCCCGAUCCCCAUCCCCGUCCCUGUUCCGAUCCCCAUCCCGGUCCCAGUCCCGGUCCCCAUCCCGAUUCUCAUCCCCAUCCCGAUCCCCAUCCCGGUCCCGAUCCCCAUCUCGAUCCCCAUCUCCAUCCCCGUCCCGGUCCCGAUCCCGGUCCUCAUCCCGGUCCCGGUGGGCUGCGGCGGUGCCCGCCCUCCCUCUGUAGCAUCCCCCGCCUCGGGGAAGUCGGGCGGGCCCGCGUCCCGCAGCGCUCAGAGCCGUCCGUGUGUCCGCCGCCGUCCGUGUGUCCGCCGCCGUCCGUGUGUCCGCCGCCGUCCGUGUGUCCGCCGCCGUCCGUGUGUCCGCCGCCGUCCGUGUGUCCGCCGCCGUGUGCUGCUCCUACUUCCCCGGCACGCAGCAGAGCCCUUAGAAAAUUUAAUAACUGAAUUUAAUUCCAUUUUAGAUGGUGGGAAAAUACCCAAGCGUGCUCCUGCGCUGCCGUUUCCUCUCCUGUCCGCGGCAGGUGCUGCCGGUGUGGAAGAGCGCGGUGGAAUUCCCUGCGUCCCGAGCUCGCUCCUGCCCCGCCAGGUGUCCCCGCCGACCCACGGAGCGCUCCGAGAGCAGCCUGUGCUGCUAGACCAGCUCAACUUUGUCAGAGAUACAUAGUAUAAUGUUGGCUUUUCGCAAGUUUUAACAUGGAUUUUAUAUGUGUGGCGUUAAAGUAACUUUGUUAUAAGGGUGAUGUUUUUAUUUCUGUUGUUAAAUAAGCUCGGUGAAACAGCUGAUAUCAGUGUGCUUGUGUUAGAAUGCCUGCUGGGAUGGGAUGGCAUCCAACGAAGACAGGAUGAGGACACCUGUACAGAUUGCCAGCUGUCAGCACUCACCCUCUGAAGAAAAUAUGGACCUUAUUUUGGACCAAAAUAUGAGAGUUAUGGACCAAGAGAUAGGGGUCUCCUCGAGCCAGGUCUCAUAAGCUCUUGGAGAUCUACUUCACACCCAAGAGACUCAGCUGCCUUACAAGGCAUAAAAUCAGCAGGAUGGCUUCUGUGGUAGUCUUGGAAGCAAAAGGUUUUAAUAAAAGGCAAAAUAACAAAACACUUUACAGAGAAAAAUCAGGUGCAAGUGGUCUUGCUCCUGGUAACACACCUCACAAAAGUAAUUUGUUUCUUUGUUCUCUCCUUUUUCUAGUAAAUUGCUCAGGCAGGACUUUUUGACUCCUGUCCAAUCACCUAUCCUUAAGUUUGAGGUGAACUCCCCAAGGUCCUAUGAGGUGUCUUUUUCACUAAUUGAGGAAAGAAACUUCUGGGGAAGUUUCUUUCUGGGGAAGGAAACUUCUAUUUCCUUUUUGAGGAGAAAAAGGAUAAUUUUGUCACUCCGUCAACAGUGGGCACAUUCCUACAUGGAGGUGAUAAGAAAGGACCAAAACCACAACCAAGGAGUACACAUGUCCUAAAAAGGUGGAACUCAAGAGGAGCUGUGCUAAACAGUUCUUGCAACAUGCAAACUAAUUUGGGGAAAGUUUACUGUGCAUAAUUGCUUGUGAAUAUGUAACAGCUGCUGCAAUAGAAAUGGUAUAUAAAGGUAUUUACAAAAUAGCAGGGGUGCUCUUGGCUGGGUACCAAGAUGCACCCAGCUAUAAUAACCUUCCUCUAUGCUCCUAUUGUUGUUUAUUAAACUUCUAAAAUUUUCAUCAGUGAAAAA